AUGUGCAAAGUAUGUUGGGCUUCUAAAAUCGCAACGUUUCCCUUGUUAAUUCAAGAAACUCUUCCAGCAAAUGGUCGCAUCGACGUCAAUCUCGACUCCAACAUCGCGAAAACACUCGCCAAAAUAAUCGACCUACAGCAAGAAGACAUUCACAAUCCACCACCGGAGUAUCUUUUCAACUUGAAGCAGGCUACUGCUUGUGAUUUGAAGCUAAACAUUGUCAUUCAAAUUGUUGGAAGUCGUGGAGAUGUGCAGCCAUUCAUUGCGCUUGGGAACGCACUGCAAAAGCAUGGCCAUCGAGUCCGCAUUGCAACACAUGAUGUGUUUGCCGAAUUCGUCCGCAAUUCUGGGUUGGAAUUCUACCCGAUCGGGGGUGACCCUGCCGAAUUGAUGGCAUACAUGGUCAAAAACCCUGGCUUGAUUCCCCAGAUGAAGACACUGCGCGAAGGGGAGGUGCAACGAAAGCAAGCUAUGGUUGCGAAAAUGCUUGAUGGUUGCUGGAGAUCUUGUAUUGAAGAUGAUCCUCUAACCAAUGAGCCAUUUGUUGCUGACGCUAUCAUUGCCAAUCCCCCGAGUUUUGCGCAUGUGCAUUGUGCACAGGCAUUAAGCAUUCCUGUCCAUCUGAUGUUCACAAUGCCUUGGAGUAGCACAAAGGCGUUCCCGCAUCCUCUUGCCAACAUGACCACUUCGUCUAUGGAUCCUCGGACUGCGAAUUGGGUAACUUAUGGGGUUGUCGAGUGGUUAACGUGGCAAGGAUUAGGGGACGUUAUCAAUAAAUGGCGGAUCUCGAUUGAUCUGGAGCCUAUACCCGCGACGGUGGGCCCUAGCCUCCCGGAGGCUUUGAAAGUGCCCCACACCUAUUGUUGGUCUCCUGCCCUUGUGCCAAAACCAAAGGACUGGCCAGCGCAUAUCGGUAUGUUCAUUUUUCGAUUGUUUGGUUCGAAUCGAGAUCUCAGCAGCCUAACUAUUUCAGACGUGUGUGGGUUUUUCUUCCGGGAUCCACCAUCAUAUAGCCCGCCCUCGGAAUUAACAGAGUUUUUGCAAGCUGGUCCGCCACCCGUGUACAUCGGCUUCGGGAGUAUCGUCGUUGAAGACCCCCAGAAGCUGAUAGACACUGUUGUCAUUGCUGUCGUGCGCUCAGGCGUUCGUGCCAUCAUCUCAAAGGGCUGGAGUGGACUGGUUGGAGCCCCAAACCCCAAUAUUCACUACAUUGAAGAUUGUCCGCAUGAGUGGCUCUUUCAACAUGUUGCCGCGGUGGUUCAUCAUGGAGGCGCUGGAACUACCGCAUGUGGUCUCAAGAAUGGCAAGCCGACUGCGAUUGUACCUUUCUUUGGCGAUCAACCGUUCUGGGGCAACAUGAUCUCCAGAGCCGGCGCAGGACCUAGCCCCAUACCAUAUGCAUCCCUCAACUUUCAGAGGUUGACCGCCGCCAUCCAAUUUUGCCUCACACCGCAGGCGAGAGAAGUCGCAUAUGAAAUUUCACUCAAAAUGCAUAACGAGGCAGGAGUCGAGGCAGCCGUGGACUCGUUCCAUCGCAAUCUUCCUAUGGACAAAAUGCGUUGCGCCUUGGUUCCUAACCAAGUCGCAAGCUGGAGAUACAAAAAGCACAACAUGUCUUUGAGCUUAUCAAGACCAGCUGCUCAGAUCUUGAUCGAACAUCAGAGAAUUAAUGAAUCACAUCUUGCAGUUCAUCACGUCAACCCGAUCGUGAUUGAAAACCGUCGUUGGGAUCCUAUCAGCGGCAUGCUGUCUGCUGCAACGACUACUGGAUCAAGUAUGCUGCACUCGACUGCCGAUAUGAUCUACAAUCCCUACAAAGAAUACAAAAGUGGUCGCUCUCCAAGACCAUCCACCGGAGCUUUAGAUGCUGUGUCAUUCAAUGCAGAUGCGCUUUCAAGCGAGUCCUCCUCAACUUCAAUACCCAUCACCGAGGGAGCUUUCCUUGGGCCUUGUUCCUCCGAUCCUUCCGAUCCUUCAAGCUCAAAAGGGAAGAGCGGACUAUCGGUCGCAGGUAGUAUGCUAGGGGCCACGAUGAAAGGCUUUGGCAAGUUCACCGGGUCGUGCUUCAAAGGGGUGGUAGUCGACAUUCCACAUGCCGCAGCAGAGGGAUUCCGUCAGGUCCCUCGAAUAUACGGAGAGAAGCCCAAAGAGUACGGUCCAAUCCAGGACUGGAAGUCCGGUGCCAUAUUUGGUGGUAGGAAUUUUGUUGACGGCAUGACUGAUGGGUUUACUGGUAUGUUUACUCAACCAGUGAACGGAGCAAAAGAGGAGGGUGCUUUGGGUGCUGUCAAAGGGUUCGCAAAGGGUACCAUUGGGCUUGCCACUAAGGUUCCAUUAGCGGGAAUUGGACUGGUUGCUUAUCCAUUUCAAGGAAUAACUAAAAGCAUUGAGGUGACUUUCCGCUCAAGGACUCGUAAGGCUAUUGUCAACGCUCGGUUAAGAUCCGGGUGCCAUGAGUCUGGGAAUUUGCAUCUGAGUGCCGAAAGACAAGGUGAAAUUCUACGAUCCUUCGAUACAUUAUUGGCCUCUUCAGCUAUAUAG